AUCUAGUUUUUUUUUGUAUGUAUGAGGCAUUGAACUCAUAGUUCUAUUUAAAAUUAUGCGUAGGCUUUUAUAAUUUGUCCACUACUGUCAGCGAAACAAGAUCACAAAUUCGGCUAUGUUUAAUGUGUGCAACUUAUAACUUACAAAUAUAAUGUCAAACCAGAAUGUGGAGGAAACUGGUAGAGAAACUUUUACGAUAGCAUCUAAAACGUAUGCAGAUGACAACAGGAAAACAGACAUGGCGGAGAGGAGACGAGCGUUUUUCGCUCAGAAUCUACAGAAUUUUGCUCGUUCCUUAGCUAGUUUAGAAGCAGUACCAUUAGCAAAGCUCGAUCGUUUGAAAGCUCACUGUCCUGUCUUCAAUUCGCAACCUUCUGUAAUAAUCAACAGGAGAUCUCGAGAUGCAAUUAUUGCCCUGGGAAUAUUUCUAAUCGAAUCAAAGCUUCAGCAUAAAGAAGAUAUUCUUUCUUACUUUCUAAAAAUAUUGGAAAUACUACCGAAUUUUGAGUGGGACUUGACACAAUUUACUGAAGACUACAAACUACCUCCCCAGGAAUGUUUUUCCUUUAUUAUUAUAACCUUACUAAAUGACGUGAUUAUAAAAGAUAACUCUUUAAAGACAAGUAUAAUCAGCUAUCAAAUUAAGCUUCUACGUCAAUUAACUGAUUCCUUAACUUCGUCUGAAAACGAUGCACAAUGCAAAAGGCUUAUUCUUGUAUUAUUGGGAGCAAUCAGAGCUUUUGGAAGAUUGAGUUUGAACGAAAAUGCUUCUCUUUAUUCCUCCUUAUUUACCUCUCAUCGUGGAUUAACUCAACUAAAGCAGACGCCCGCUCAGCCGAAAAAAAUCCCAACUACCCCUAAAAAAACGUUUCAGGUCAGAAGCGUUAUCCCUCGAGUAAUGUCGCAGCAAAUGCAUUUAAACAUUGUCGGUGAAGGGGAUUCAGACACGAUAAGGUCGGGUACAUUUUGUAGUCAAUCUGACUUGAACAAUCGAUUGAGUAAUGAUGAUAAAAGACGCUCUCACUUCGAAAUACCUGUUGUGAAGAAUAUCAACAAUAUCGAUCCAUCAACUCACUAUUUUAAUAAAGUCGGCUCGUGUUUUAGCGAUGUCGAAAAAGAAGAUCCAUCUUUAAAUAUAAGAAUUUGUAAGGCGAUUGACUUGUCAAGCUCCGAAUUGGAUGAAAUACUUACCAUAGUUGAAGAUUUAGUAAAUAAGAAGCUAUUAAAUAAAUUCGAUCAACUAUGCAAAGAUGAAAAACUGCGAUCGAAAAAGUCGAUGAAGAGAAAAAAUAAUCCAUACAAAAGUUUAGGAGAGGUUAUUACAUUUACAGUUUCAGUUAUGCUUAGAGACUUACUGCAUUCCCGCCAAGAUUUGCCCAAAGAGUUUCAUGAUAAGAUUAGAAAUUUCGUUUUCACAUUAUCUGGUAAUGGUUAUCUUCAGCUAGAACUUCAUCCAAGUGCAACAAAUGACAAACAUACUAAUAAUUUUAGCGAUUUAGCUGUACAGGGCAAUAGGGCUUGUACUGAAUUAAUGAUUUGGGCAAGGCAAGACGAAGCAGAAGCUCAAAAGUUGGAAGGUGUUUUAAAAAGGAAAUUAAGAAAUAGUUUAGAUCCUAAAUUAUUAUCUACGCAUUUUCCACUGCAUCUAGCAGCAAUAUCAGUUAUUGGUAAAUUGGCAAAAAAAUUUCCACAUAUGGCGUCGUCGGUUGUGAGCGAAUUAAGAGAUUUUCUUGUUAUCCCAGCACCAAUUUUAUUUAAAUAUGUAAAAUACUCUCAAUCUUCCGAAUAUGACAAAUAUGCACGAUUAGGAUCGUUAUUGGUUUCAUCAGAAGGAAUUGUAUUCGAUACACUAGAUACCUCAUUACAAAAAAAUUCUAAAAUGAAAAUGGCGGCAAUAUUUGAAACACUUAGAGAUACAGCUAUACAGAAUAUAUGCUUAGCUUUGGAAGCAGGAUAUGAAAUAGAUAACAACAGUGUUGAUGCAUUUCUUCUAUCUCUAAUUGGUAAAUUGACGGAAAGUGAACUAACAAACAAUAAAGUUAAAAUUGUAACCGUCAAUACUAUAUUUACAAUGGCAAGAGUUGCAGUUGUAUUAAAACAUAUUCCAAAAGUUGUUGAAACUGUUAUGUCCCUGCUUAAUCAAAAAUUUUGCAAUCCUCCGUCAGUUAUUGACACUCUUAUAGUUGAUCAGUUUGCCUACAUGGUCAUUGGUGGUUGUGAUCAAGUUCGGGAACAUAUAAUUAAAGUUUUAAAUUCAAUAUGCGUUGAAAGUAGCAUUACGUCAGAAUCCCAAAAAGUCAGCAGAUAUCGCCAUGUAUCAUACGCUGCAAUUGACGCUUAUGCCAAAAUUGCAGUCCAUUUAACUGGCGAAACGGAACUAAUGGAUAUGUUAAAGGCUUUAUUAGAAGUAUUUGUUCAAUUGGGAUUAGAAAGUAAAAGGGCAACUGAAAAAGCGCAUUUUGCGCUUAAGUUGACACAUUCAAAUUUUCCAACUGCAAAGGCUUCAAGUUUCGCCGGAAGUUUGGGGAUGCUUAUUCCAGUCAUUGCAGUUUUGAUUAAAAGACUACCAGUUCCUACUGUUGAUAAUCCAAAUAUAAGAUUACAUGGGCUGUUUAGAGACUUUUGGUUAUAUUGCGUUACUUUGGGAUUUACAGAGAAGGCUCAAUGGCCAUCAGAAUGGGUUGAUAGCGUUUACGAAGUAGCUACAAAAUCUCCAAUGCUUACUCUGGGUGAAACGGCAAGAUCAUUAAAUUAUACAGGCGUUAUAAAAAAUGAGACUGUUGGAGCUACCGAAUUGGCCGAAUUAAGACAAACAUUAAUAAGAGAAAUUCAAAUUACAAAUUCUAAUGAUCAGAAAUAUAAUCAACACUUUACUCAAAAUAUCAGGAGUUCAAUUAUGAGUCAGGAUUUUAAUAGAUGUGGACAUAUUUUAUCAGUUUUGAAAUUGGAAACAAUUAGAGCAAAGUAUACUAACGGUACUGAUAUCCUAGACAGACUCUUUCGAUACUUAGAGGAUCAUAACUUAAAUAAAAAUAAAAACUACUUAUGCGAAUGUAUGAGCGCGGCAAUGUACAAAGCUUUUACAAUAUUCUUAGAAACUCAAAAGUCAAAGGAGAAAUGCGAACAAAGGGAACAAGAGAUGGAAAAGCAUUUUCAAUUUUUAUUAGUUAAAUUCAAUCAUAUUACUGAUAGAAUUAAGUAUUUUGCUGAUUACUGCAUAACAGAUUUAGUAUAUGUAUUUCCUUAUGUGCUAUGGAGUGGUAGGGUAAUUAGAACAAUGUUAGAUAUUUUACAAAUUCUCUCCAUGUCUUUGGAUAUGGAUCCACAUGAAGACACCCCUGAAUUUAAAGUACCUGGUACUCCAUAUUGUUUACGGGUAAUGGAUAAUAUGAACGGUAGAGAGAAAAUCGUUCAAGAUUACGCCAAUAGAGUUGUUGACAUCUUAAAAGAGUCUAUGACAUGGGCACCAAAUACUGUUCGUUCCUACCUAAUUGAAUAUAUUCGGGAAGUUAAGACGGAAUCAAACACGAAAAAUGCCCAAAGCUAUACGAAUCUAUCAUUCAUAACGGAGACUGUAUUGGAAUAUGCUGGUUAUACGAGAGUAUCACCUUGGUCAGCAUCACUGGGGAAUAUGGUUAUAUCGAAAAGACCGAAUUGCGUGCAAAAAGAUUCGGGUAAAUUUAUGGCUCAGUUAAAUAUGAGAAGUUUGUCAGCUGGAGAAAUAAAUGGAAUGCUUGCACUAGAUAUUAAAAUUGACGAGUUAAUUGACAGAUUAACAGACAAUUUAAACCGUAAUUGCAAAGCUAAAGAUUUGGAAGAGUUUAAGCAUUAUUUGUAUAGAGUGACGGCUUUGCAAGUUCAUUUAACGGUCCCCGCAAGAAAGUUAAUUCACGCCAUUUGUUGGGCUCCUGUAAAAUAUUUUGGUCAAGAAUAUAUGGAAAUAGCUCUUGACUGCUGGCAAUGGCUUUUGUGUGCUAAACCACAAUUUGUGGCUCAAUUUAUGCAAGAAAUGUCAAUGGCAUGGCAAAAUACAGUUGACAAAAGAAUGGGUCUUUUUGAAGAAACAGAAGAAGGAACUAGUCCUAUCUCUGCUGGUCCAGAUGAUAUUUGUGAACCAACAGCUCCUAGGGUUACACCACACGAUACAUGGACAAAGUUUCUGGUUGAACAAGUUGAAAUGGCUAAAUACUCAAGUCAAGAUCGAAUUGAAGUUUUUGUUGGCAUGCUGCACAAAUGUCUUAGCAUCAACAUUACUAAACGACCUCUCAUGAAUCGUCACGCUUCUGCAAUUGGUCCUCGGUUUAGGCUAUUGUAUAUUGGUUUGACUCUUCUACAAUGUGAAGGAGUUUCGAAAACAACAGCAAAAUGCGUUUUACGAGAGCGUAUUUAUUCAACAGCGUUUGAUUAUUUCAGUAGUAUGCCAACAUAUCCAACCUUUAAAGGGACAGAGCUAAAGGACGUAAUCGAAAAUGACUUAAUUAAAUUCUGGAAUAUUUUAGGAUCUGAAAGAAAACAUUUAAAAAGUGAUACACCAGAUACUCUUGGAGAAAGUGUCAACAAAAAUAAUGACGAUAUUUCGAUUCAUCUAGACUCGAAUCAUUCGUCAAUCCCUACUAACAGAGUACCAAGCGGUCGCACUAGCUCAUCAAAACGAUCUGGAGGUACAUUAAGUACUAAAAGCAAAGUAGACCCUGACGCUUACGCUAAAGUCUACCAAAGAAAGGGACACUUAAUACUUCAUCUAUUAGGCACAGAAAUAGAUCGGUUGGCAGUUUGGAGCAAUCCAUCUAAACUAACCGAGUUACAACUGGACAAGGAGAAGCUAUUAAAGAUAGAACAAUAUGUAUCUCAAAGCGGACAUACGAAACAAAAAUAUUGGAAAGAUAUAGCCUGUUUUGCUUUUAAUAGUAUCUCUCCAGAUUUAGCUAUAUACCUUCCUGAAAGAUUCGCUGGUAUUGAAUCUUUAACAACAGAAUUGGCUAGAUUAGUAAGGCUUAAUCCAGGAAUUUGCUCUCACAUACCAGAAGCUGUUCAAUAUCUAGCAACGGAUCACGUUAUAGAGAAUGAUCUUACGGAAUUAAGUCAUAUGCUAACAUGGUCGGUUGGUUCUCCUGUAAUGGCUUUAUCUUAUUUCAAUAAAAGACAAUACCCUGUUCAUCCAAUAACUGUUCAAUAUGCAACUCAAGUACUACGAGAAUAUUCUCCAGAUAUCCUCCUUUUCUACGUACCUCAGCUCGUCCAAGCUCUUCGUUAUGAUAUUGAAUUAUAUUAUGUAUCAGAACUUCUUAUUUGGCUAGCCAGCCAUUCUCAGCUAUUAGCCCAUCAGCUAAUAUGGAAUAUGAAAACAAACGCGUAUAUGGACGAAGCCAGCCUCAUCUACGACGAGUCUAUUGGACCUCAACUAGAAUUUGUGACAGAUGAGAUUAAAAAACAAUUAAGUGGAGAUGCCAAGGAAUUUUAUGAGAGAGAGUUCUCUUUCAUGGAUGAUAUUACUCAAGUUUCUGAAAAAAUUAGACCCUACCCUAAAGGACCACUAAGAAAAGCCAAAUGUCUACAAGCCUUGAAGGAAGUAGAAUUAAGGAAAGGUUGUUAUUUGCCAUCAAAUACCGAUGCAUUGUUGACGAAUAUUGAUUAUAACUCUGGAACACCUAUGCAAAGUGCUGCAAAAGCACCUUAUUUAGCGAGAUUUGUAGUACGAAAAUGUAAAGUAAAAGAUCUCGAAAAAAUCGGUAUGAGUCGCGGUGACCUAACAAAAGAACUUGCAGCCGGACUAGGUCCCGAAAAGAUGCAAGGUGCCAUCUUUAAAGUAGGUGAUGACGUUCGACAAGAUAUGCUUUGUCUUCAGAUUAUGGAAUUAUUUCAAAAAAUUUUCAAAAAAGUUGGUAUAGAAUUAUACGUUAGCCCUUAUAAGGUUGUAGCAACGUCUCCCGGAAGUGGAGUUAUUGAAUGCGUUCCAAACAGUAUUACUCGAAUGGAAAUUGGUAAUAAAACAGCAAGCAGCUUAAAACAAUAUUUUAUUGAAACAUUUGGCGAUAAUACGCCAGAAUAUCUUAUGGCUCGACGCAAUUUUACUGUAUCAAUGGCAGGUUAUACUGUUCUUAGUAUGAUUUUAAAAAUAAAGGAUCGCCAUAAUGGCAAUAUUAUGAUAGAUUUCAAAAAGGGUUAUAUAGUACACAUAGAUUUUGGUUUCCUUAUACAAAGUUCUCCUGGAGGCAAUAUAAAUUUUGAACCUGAUGCUAAAAUAAGUGACGAGAUGAUUGAGUUAAUGGGCCCUGCUUCAUUGAAUUAUUUUGAAGAGUUAUGCGUGCACGGUUUCCUUGCCGUAAGGCAAUAUCGAGAAGAACUUGUGACCCUUAUUCAUCUAAUGAUAGAUACUAAGCUUCCUUGCUUUAGAAUGCCUGCAACGUGCGUUAAAGAGCUACGUCAAAGAUUUCUACCAAACUAUACUGACUCCAAAGCGAUAACAGAAUUUCUGACUAAAUUACGUAAUUGCAAUAACAACUGGCGCACAUUAUGGUAUGAUAGAAUUCAAUAUCUGCAAAAUGACAUUCCAUAUAAGUAAACGAGGUACAACGUGUUUUGCCAGUUAUAUAUUUCAACUAAAUAAUGUGCCAUUAAAAUAUGUAUUUAUUAAAGUCAAUGUGAUGAAAAGAGCAAUUCAUUUUGUAUUUAAAAAUAGCUUGUAUACUUGAACACUAUUCAGAAGAUUCACGUCUCACUAUUAUGCAAUAUUGGAGAUUCUUUUUAUUUCAGAUGAUAUUUUUGUUUUACGAGUAAUUACUAUAUGUAUAGUAAUCCAUCUUUAAGUGCAUGUAGCUGUAUAUAUAUAUAUAUAUAUAUAUAUAUACUCCUCUCUCUCUCUGCAUAGAAAAUUUUACUAUACUAUUUAUGUCAUUAAUCAAUCAGCUAGUCGUUUUCAAUAUUUAUUGAUGGUGAUCUUAAUUUGUGAUUCUUCAUUUAAUCAACCUGUUUUUAUGGUUGAACUGAUGAAAAACCCUGUAAGAGUUAUUUGACAUUGUAAAUUCAAAAAGAAAACAAUAACAACAUUAUUCGUCUAUUUGUUUUCGUUUAAAGCAUAAAAAAUUUGUCUCUGUUUUUAACCUUUAACCUUUAAAGUUGACUAUAG